GAAAAAAUAUAUGCAGCACACUGGUAUGUUCUAUGCUCACUUAGGAGUACCAUGAGCGAAUCUUAAUAUCUUAUCAUGUCCGAGGGUCAAUUAGAUUCCAUAAAUCUAGCCCUUCCUUUGACUACCUUUUCAGUUUGCGCACACAUUUGUUUAAACCAUACUCUAUACCCAGGAAUCCACUGUCUACACGUAAAGCAUUCUUUUCUCUUGCCUAGUUUUUACUCUUACUUCCCUUUCUGUCACUCUUUUAUACCCAUCCAUUUCACCGUAGUUUUUGUUUCUUAUUAGUUGGGCAAUUAAGGACAGAUAGAUGGAAAUUAAAAGUGAGGUAGCGCGGGAGAGCCUUUCCCCCCUUCUUACUGAGACCACUUCUAGGCCCAGGCGUAUUGCUCUCUUCGUUGAGCCCUCUCCUUUCUCAUAUGUAUCCGGAUACAAGAAUCGUUUUCAGAAUUUCAUCAAAUAUCUACGGGAAUUAGGGGAUGAGGUAUCUCAAUGAUUGUUCAUUUAUUUGUCACAUACUUUCACAGGCAAGGAGGCUGUUUUUUUUUUGUCAAAGGAUCGAUGCAUUUUAUGACUUCAUUUCCUAGUAGUUACACAAUCCAUUUAUUGUGUUCUUUCCCCUUUUCUUUCGCUUGUAAUUCUUGACUUUCAUGCUCUAUCACUAACGGAUCCAAAAUAGUUGUUAAAUUUGAAGAAGUAUAAGUGCAAACUAUGUACAACAAUUAUAGAAUGUCAAAGUCUAUAUUUAUCUUUUUUGCAAUUAUUGUUACAUUUUUUACACUUUUAUUUUAUAUUCAUUCAUUUUUCUGUUUGUUAACCUUAUAAAAUUAUUUAUCUAUUUUUGAAUUUAUUCUAUUUUUUAUAUAAUUAUUACACUAUUUUUCAAAUUUAUACCCAUAUGAAUUUUUAUAAGAUUUACAUGCUAUAACAUGUUAACAUGACUUGAUUGACUAUGUUUUUAAGUCGAUAUUGAGCCGAAAUUUGACAAUAUCUCAGUGUACCAUUAUCCAUUUGAGCCUGGAAGCUAAUUUAAAGGUCACAACUUUCAUAAAGAACACAUAUUUCCACUUUAAGCCUUCAAUAAACACUCAUCUAAGAACGAAUAAUAGUUUUCACUGGUCUAAGAACUAAUAAUUUUCAAAUGCAUCAUAAAUCAUAAGCUGGGCACAAAUCCUUCUCUAGGACCGCAAUUAGGGAUUUAGCUAGGGUUAUGGUUGUGACAACACUUCAGGGACUUCCACAUGAAUUUUAUGGGGCAAAAUUGAUAGGGUCACGAAGCUUUCCUUGUCCCUGGUACCCUAACGUGCGGCUUUCUCUGGCUCUUAGCCCAAGAGUUAUAUCCGAGGUGAUGAAAUUCAAGCCUGACAUUGUGCAUGCUUCAUCACCUGGUAUAAUGGUAUUUGGUGCUCUAAUCAUUGCAAAACUUUUGUCUGUGCCCUUAGUUAUGUCUUACCACACUCAUGUUCCAGUAUACAUUCCAAGAUACACUUACAGUUGGCUGGUCCAACCUAUGUGGUUAAUCAUAAAACUUCUUCACAGAGCUGCUGAUCUUACGCUUGUUCCUUCUGCUGCAAUUGCGAAAGAUCUCAAAGAUAAUGAGGUCACAGAAGCUAACAAAAUCCGUUUAUGGAAUAAGGGUGUGGAUUCCCAUAGCUUUCAUCCACAAUACCGCUCACACGAAAUGCGACUAAGACUCAGUAAUGGAGAGCCUGGCAAGCCGCUGAUAGUCCAUGUUGGCAGACUUGGAGUUGAGAAGAGCUUGGAUUUUCUAAAAAGGCUCAUGGAUAGAAUUCCAGAAGCUCGAAUAGCUUUGAUAGGAGAUGGUCCAUACAGGGAGGCACUAGAGAAGAUGUUUUCGGGCACGGGGCGUGCGGUGUUCACAGGCAUGUUAUCAGGAAAGGAGUUGUCUCAGGCUUAUGCCAGUGGAGAUGUUUUCGUGAUGCCUUCUGAGUCAGAGACACUUGGGCAAGUGGUUCUGGAAGCCAUGUCGUCCGGACUUCCCGUGGUGGCAGCUCGUGCGGGUGGCAUUCCAGAAAUCAUUGCGGACGAUCAAGAAGGUAAGAUUGGGUAUUUGUUCAAUCCUGGAGAUGUUGACGACUGUUUGAAGAAACUGGAGCCUCUUCUGUGGAACCGCGAGUUGAGAGAAACCAUUGGCAAAGCUGCACGCGAAGAAACGAAGAAAUAUGAUUGGAAGGCUGCCACUACAAAGAUUAGGAAUGAGGAGUAUAGUGCUGCCAUUUGGUUUUGGAGGAAGAAGAGAACCCAAGGGCAAUGGCCUUUCCAGUGGCUGUUUAAGCCUUUUUUCCCAGUAAAAACCAGCUGAGGUUGAUAAAUUAUUUACUUGUAGAAACAAUAUUACACUGUCCAGAGUAAAUAUUAGGGAACUCAUAGUUUAGAGUUACAUAAACAAACUCCUAUUUAAGUGUGUGUAAAAUGCUUUACUCCUCUUUACAACCCUUUCUGGGUUUUGAAACCUUUCUUGUUCAAAGAUUUAAUAUUAAUUUAACAAUACUAUGUAAUUUAAUCAUUUUUAACUUUAAAA